AUGGCCGACUUUAACGCGGCAUCCCCGAGGAUGCCGGACCCUUCCUACGACUCCGACGCCACAACAUCAGAAAUCACCAUCACCAUCACGCACCGCAACAUCACUUACACCUUUGACUUCGACCCCUCAGCAACCCUCGCCGACCUAUCCAACGCCAUCGCCGACCAAAUGUCUAUACCCCACGCCACCCAGAAGCUCCUUAUCCCCAAACACGGCCUCCAAAAGCCUCCGUUCGCGAACCCACUCCCCCUCUCGCCCCUCCAGUCCACCAAGAUCCAGCUCCUCGCCCCGCCGCCAGCAGAGCUCGCCUCCCUCCACGCAGCCUCCGAACUGGCCUCCGCGCGCGCCGCCUCCCGCGCCGCAGCGCGCCGCGCCCGCCCCUCCGCCAGCGCCCGACCGACCUCGAACCCCAUCUCGACCCUGUCGUCGUCAUCAUCGACCUACACCUUCCUCACCGUCCGCCCGCUGCCGUUCCUGCCGCACCCGGAACAGAGCCUGGCGCUGCUGAACCGCCUCAAGGCCGACCCGGGCAUCCGCGCCAGCAUGGCCAAGCACGCCUUCACCGUUCAGCUUCUCACCGAGAUGGAGCCCCUCGCCAACACGUCCUCGACCCACGAGGGCACGACGCGCCUGCUCGGCCUCAACCGCAACAAGGGCGAGGUCAUCGAGCUGCGCCUGCGCACCGACGCCCAUGACGGCUAUCGCGACUACAAGACCAUCCGCCGCACCCUGUGCCACGAGCUCGCUCACAAUGUCCACAGCGACCAUGACAAGGACUUCUGGGCCUUGUGCCGCCAGAUCGAGCGCGAGGUCGAGGCAGGCAGCGGCGGUCACACCAUUGGCGGCGGCGGCUACACUGCGCCGGCGAGGGGCGGCGACGCGGACGAAGACGAGGACGUCGACGACCACGGCGGCUGGCAGGGCGGCGAAUUUGUCGUCGGCGGCGGCAGCACACCGAGUCAGGGGCUCAGUCGGCGGGAGAUACUCGCCAAGGCUGCCGAAGAGAGGUUGAAAAGGAUGAACAUGGACAGGCCGGACGGCGGAAGGCCAGAUUCGGGACCAUCGUCUUGA